UCUAAAACGAGCUUUAAAUAAAUAAUGGGCCGUUUGGGCCCAAAAGCAAAAGCCCAUUUCACUUCCCUUGUUUGGUGCCCUAUGCUUCUUUUCUCAUUUCACUCUCUCAGUGUUUGUUCCUUCCAACGAUCGUAGCAGAAAAUAAUCGAACAGGGUUUAUUGUUGAAGAUGGGUAGUGUUGUUAGAGCUACAUUGAAGAAAACAAACUCUAGUGUUUGUGCAUUUCAGAGAAGUAAUGGUUUUGUGGCUAGAUUUUUCUCUACUCAAGCAGAAAAUCCUCCACAGGGCUCAACACCUACUUCACCUCCAUUUUUGCAAACAAGCAAUUCAGGUUUGACAUAUGGUAGGCUGCUCGGUGUUCAUAAACAUGCACUCAAAACAGAUAUCAUCAACUUCCUUGAAGGUUCUAGUUUGACUAUGGAGGAUGUUAAAAUGGAAUACACGCGUAGCUUCAACCCAAUUUCAAUGAUGUUGCAGUUCCCUACAUACAACGCCUAUGACAAUGCUAUUCGCGUGAUCGGAAGGAAGGGUCGUUUGUACAAAUUGGAUAGGAUCGAUCGUUCUCAAUGGGACAUUGUUACUCCUUACGAUGGAAGAACUAUUUUGAUUAAAGGACUUCCACGAAACGCACAAUACGAAGACUUGGAACAGAUCAUAUCCAACUUUGAAUACGAUUCAUCUUCCGUCAAUAUGUUUCUAAGAGCUGGAGAGGGUACAGAACCUGUCAAAAUGGCGACAGUGCGUUUUCAUUCAAGGACACAAGCGAUGAAUGCAUUCAUCACAAAGAAUGGAACAUAUUGCCUCAACAGUCGCAUUUCGAUACAUGUUCUUCAGUAAAAAUACAAACUCCUGAUGGUGCUGGUGUGGUGUUGUAGGAGAGCAUUGAUUUUAUAGCUUAGAUAGUAAAAUUAUGCUGUUUAUUUGUGAUUUGCGAUUUCGAAACAGCUUUUGUUUAUGGUAUGAUGCAUAAAAAUGUUUAAAAUUGAGGCAAACUAGUAACCAUAUCUUGAUUUAAAACACUUGACUAAGCAAUAAUUUGGUAACUGAUCA